UCCAAACACAGCCUGAGGAGGCAGGGAACCAGGGAGUCAUGCAUUAGAAGAGAGACACACAAGUUUCAUGUCUCUGUCAGAUUAUUUUGGGUGGCUCAAAACAGACUCAGUAAAAGGUUACCUAAAAUGCAGGCUGAUUAGUUCAAAGACUUCAAAGAGGAGAGACAGAGAGUUGUUUAAUUACUCAGGAACCCAGAAGAACUAAUGGUUGAUGCACUAGAAUCCAAAGGCUGUGGAUCUCCCCUCUUUGAGGAGCCACUGAAUCCUGUGACCCUUCAAGGAUGAGUCUGCACACACUGGCUGAUAGUGAGUCUUCAGGGGAGGAGCAGAAUGGAGAAGUACCUCUAGGACGCAAUGCUGUAACCCCAAACAGCAGCAGCAAUUGCAGUGAUGACGAUGGUGGUGGUUAUGGUGGUGGUGGUGCAUUGAGACAUGAGCAGGCUGCUGCUGACAUCAGUGAGGAAGGCCACGACUCACCGUUGUUGGGGGCUCGCUGGGAGCUGCUCCCUGACGUGUGUCUGCAGCACGUGCUGCUUUGGCUGGGCGAUCGUGACCGCACCCGCGCCUCUCUGGUCUGCCGCCGCUGGCACCGCGCCACCCGCUCCCCGGCGCUUUGGCGCUCGCGUCACUUUCGCUUCACGGGCCGGUCUACUAACAGGGGGGCGGCGUGCAUGGAGCAGGAGCGGGCGGACGGCUACAUGCGCACGCUGGGCUCCUUCCUGGAGGAGCUUGAGGUGCUGGUGGUGUUGCCCUACCGCUCGCGGGUCAGCGUGGUGCGUCGGCUGCAGCUGACCCUCAAGGCCCUCUUCCAGGGCGUGUGCAACUCCGGGGCGCGGCUACGCUCGCUGGGCGUGCGCAACCUGCAGCUGCACCGCGAGGCCUGGACGCGGAGCACGCGCAGCAACAUCGUGAACAGUCUCGCGCAGUUCCUGGGCCACGCGUCCACACACCUGCAGCACCUGAGCCUCUGGGGGAGUCGGGUGACGCUGACGCACGGGCUGAAGAUCCUGAGGCCUCUGGCCCACGCUCAGCAGUACCUCGGUGGGAAAGGCGGUGGUGGUGGCGCCGGCGGUGGGAUCCUCUCUCUGGAUCUGGAGGGGUUCUUUGCAUCCUCGGAGCCCGUACACAACCACCCGGACUUCUCCCUCCUGCUGGGCCACUUCCACAGGCUGGAGUGGCUGUCUCUCAGCUACAGCUGCGUUUCGGACGAGCUGCUGCAGGCGCUGGGCGCGUCACAGCGGCAGGGGGAUGGACAGGGGGGCAAAGGCUACCGCUGUGGUGGCAGAAGCAGCCUGAAGUGCCUGAGGCUCAAAUGCCACAACGAGGAGCCGCACUCACAGGUGGUAUGGGAACAGGCCUGGGUGUCGCUGGUGCGUAGCUGCCCCAAGCUCUGCGUGGAGGUGGACGUGGAGGGAAUCGUCAACUUGGACAGGCUGCAGAGGAUCCUGCUGCCCAAGAUACCGCUCGUCUCCUUCACCAUGUCCGAGUGCAACUUCGGAGAGCAGGACAUCAGCCCAAAACCGCUCUUCAGAGACAUCCUACCACACUUCUGGAGCCAUUUACAGGUGUUGUCCGUGGAGAUGGACAACUGCUACCAGCCGGUGGAGGAGGAGCUGCUGGAGCUGGUGAUGAUGUGUGGGCAGCUCUACUCCCUCUCGCUCAAUGCCUACCUGGAGCUCAGCUUCGUGGAGCAGCUGCUGCUGUACUGCCAGAAGAGCAGCUGUCCCAUCACCAACCUGGACGUGAAGGUGUGCUACCUGAGUGAGGGCGACAGCCAGGAGGAAGUAGAGGAGGGGAAACUGAUGGAGCUGCUCUCCUAUCACAGCCACUUUAUUAACCCGGAGCUCCAGCUAUCUGUUGAACUAUACCCUAUUAAAUGAUUCAUUAUGCUUCUGGUUUGAUUAUGAA